UGACGUCAUUCCGCUUCCGGCGUCUCGCGCAGUUCCGCCAUGGCCUCCGAGGAAGCGAGUUGCAGCCCUCGUAGAUCUCGGCGGGAGCGGGCGGGGUGCGUCCUGCGACAGGACAAGUACUCGGUGCUCUUGCCCACCUACAACGAGCGCGAGAACCUGCCGCUCAUCGUGUGGCUGCUGGUGAAGAGCUUCUCCGAGAGUGGAAUCAACUAUGAAAUUAUAAUCAUAGAUGAUGGAAGCCCAGAUGGAACAAGGGACGUUGCUGAACAGUUAGAGAAGAUCUAUGGGUCAGACAAAAUUCUUCUGAGACCACGAGAGAAAAAGUUGGGACUAGGAACUGCAUAUAUUCAUGGAUUGAAAUAUGCCACAGGAAACUACAUAAUUAUUAUGGAUGCUGAUCUCUCACACCAUCCAAAAUUUAUUCCUGAAUUCAUUAGGAAGCAAAAGGAGGGUAAUUUUGACAUUGUCUCUGGAACUCGCUACAAAGGGAAUGGAGGUGUAUAUGGCUGGGAUUUGAAAAGAAAAAUAAUCAGCCGUGGGGCCAAUUUUAUGACUCAGAUUUUGCUGAGACCAGGAGCAUCUGAUUUAACAGGAAGUUUCAGGUUGUACCGAAAAGAAGUUCUACAGAAAUUAAUAGAAAAAUGUGUUUCUAAAGGCUAUGUCUUCCAGAUGGAAAUGAUCGUUCGGGCAAGACAGCUGAACUAUACUAUUGGCGAGGUUCCAAUAUCAUUUGUGGAUCGUGUUUAUGGUGAAUCCAAGUUGGGAGGAAAUGAAAUAGUCUCUUUCUUGAAAGGAUUAUUGACUCUUUUUGCUACUACAUAAAAGAAAGUUAUUAUUUAUACUUAUGUUCAUUUCAAUUUAAACAUAAAAGAACUCUGGUUGCUCAUUUUUAUAAAAUGUAUGCUUAGAGCAUAUAUCAUAAGGUAAGGUAAAUUUCAUGCAAAUCUUUUUUCUGAAGAAACUCCAUUUUAUAUGUCAAAUUAAAUUAGAAGAAUGAGCAGUGUUCUCAGUAUUCAUUUACGUUUUGCUGUAUUAAGACCUAUAAAUAAAUAUAUAUGGGUAUUUUGCAUAAAAUAUUGCUUUCAGUAGAGUAUGUGAAUGCGGAAUAUCUUACAUGGGGAAGAUUUUGAAAUAUUCUUUAUAAAAAGUGGAUUCAUAGAUCUUUGUACCUAAUAGAUGUCAGAAGUAAGAGGAAUGCUAAUUGUAUUCAUGAAAUAUAUAUGGCUGUUUCUGUAUGAAUUGAAAAAGAAAUACACACCUCUGCCCUUUCUUUAAUGUAUCUCAGAUGUCUUAAACCAGAUAAAACAACACAUUUAGAGCACAAUUUUAGAGUUUGGUUCUUUGCAGCUGUUGAAUUGAUGAAGCAUUUCAUCUGUCAAAGCAAGUCUAUUUAAAAUACAUAUGAUGAAUUGGAAACAACUUGACAGCAGUUGAUUGCAUAAUUUUUUUCUUUUCUGAGCAAUAACUUCUAUCAGUAAGGAAAAAUAUUGAUGACAUUAAGGCAUAAACUUAGCUGCUAUAGUAAUUUUUAAACAUCUUACUAUAUAAAGAUUUUUUCCUCAAAAUAUUUGUUUUCAUAUUAUUUCAGGACCCUUGAGAAAUCAUACAUCUUUACUAAUAUAACAAAAAUCUCUUCCCUAUAUAGCUCUUCUCUGUGUUCAGAAAAGUGUUCUCAGUUAAAAUGCAGGUUAAGUUGUUCAAUAAAGCCAGUGCAAAUAUUCUGUUUACCUACUUUCUCAAAAGUAGGUAUUUCAAAAAAGAUCAAUUACUAACUGUAGCAUAGCUUUUGGAUCAUGUAGUAUCUUUUAAAAUUUUGGGUAAGACAUGCUUGGAGCAAAUGAGCUUUUAAGACCACGUUGACUUGCCUUUGCAAGUAAAAGGAAGAGGCAUCUUUAAUUAUUUAAUAAGCAUAUUUAGUGAACAGUAUUGCUAAUUACUAUAUUUUCCUGGCUUAGUUUGGCUGCUAAAGAAAUUUAAAAUCUGAUUUUUUUCCAAUUGCAUUUCUAACAGAUCCUACCAGAAAUGAAUACCAGAGUAUAAGACCUUUGGUGUCAUUUUGAACAUUACCUGUUCCCAUAGAUGAAUCCAUAGGACACAUUCCACAAAGGGCCUCUCCUAUUCUAUUCCCCUUUUACACAGAGCUGUGCAGCCAGCCCACGAGGGACCUACCUUUCUUGGGGAAGUGACCCCUCUCAUCAUUAAUAACAGCUAGAAAAUUCAUCACUGUUUGAUGAAAAAUUAGUUUUGUUAACAUAGAAAUAUAAUUUUUUUUUUUUUUGAGUGUUUAGAAUCUAUUCUUCAUCCAAACCCAAAGUUAAGUUUUCAUUGUCAAGUAUGUGGAACAGAAAUUAAGUAACUCCUUCAGAGAACCCACUGUAAGGUAUUGCCUUCUUGGACCUCACUAGAGUUGAUACCUUUUGCCUUUUUAAUCUUUUUGUUUCUUAUUCCCACAAUCAUUACAACUCUAUCACUUAUUGGAGUUUACAGUAAAGAAAGUAUUUGAGCAGUGAAGACUUUCACCAUUUGGAAGUUAUUUAGAAAAGAAUCUGGACUAUUUAGAUGCAUUUUUGUAGUAAAUCUGGUGACUUAAACACUGUAAAAUCUUUUUAAACAUUUACAUGUGAAUCCAACAUCCCUUUUUACUUUGUAAAUGAGGCCAAGGAUGAAAUCCACAUGUUCUCCCUUUGUAUUUGUAUUAUCACUGUAUGAAAUCUAAGUAUAUCUAAGGAAAACUAAACUGAAGAUAAAAUUAUUUUGCUUAUUUCA